GGUGCAGUUUGGUCAGUGAGCAAACACACACGCGCGCGCGCGCGGCAGCGGCGGCGGCGGCUCUGUCCUCGUGAGGAACUGUCGCCUCCUGAACUGAGACUGACUUGGUGGGGCUCCAGCGAUGAGUCAUUGUUGCGGCUGUUGACGGCAGAUGGUCUUCAGGUCCAGGCCCAUCUGACGCUGGACUCCCACUGCGCCUCCGCUCCGCAGGUUCUGAGGUCUGCCGUGUUUGGGGGAAGGGUGACGGUCCCCACAAGGACAGAGAGGGACACACACACGUGCGUGUUUCAAGUGAUGGUGCUUGAAUGUUCUUGUCGUAUGUUGGAAGGAAUGUUCCUUCAACACACACACACACAGCGACACACAGCGACACAGGGGGAGGUCAGAGUCUGAUAAGACCCACCGAGAGUCUAAAUGUGGAAGGGCUUUGAGAUAAGAGCCACAGUUCUUCGUGUGAGGACUGGACUCUGUGUCGCGAGUCAAACCGUUGCUGACUCUUCACUGAAGCUCACCACAGAAGAUCCCAGAGGAACCAGGCCCAGAACCAAGGUGAGCCCCGUAGGUCCAGUGCUGAUGUUGGGACCGGCGUGAUGAUGAUGAUGAUGAAGAUGAUGAUGGAGUCAGAGGCUGCUUCUGUGGCUCAUGAAAACUGUUUCUCAGAGGAGACUCACCAGGACGUGAUGGAGAGAGAGGAGAAGACUGGAGAAGACCAGAGGGAGAGAGAGGAGAAGACUGGAGAAGACCUGAGGGAGAGAGAGGAGAAGACUGGAGAAGACCUGAGGGAGAGAGAGGAGAAGACUGGUGAAGACCUGAGGGAGAGAGAGGAGAAGACUGGUGAAGACCUGAGGGAGAGAGAGGAGAAGACUGGAGAAGACCUGAGGGAGAGAGAGGAGAAGACUGGUGAAGACCUGAGGGAGAGAGAGGAGAAGACUGGAGAAGACCUGAGGGAGAGAGAGGAGAAGACUGGAGAAGACCUGAGGGAGAGAGAGGAGAAGACUGGAGAAGACCAGAGGGAGAGAGAGGAGAAGACUGGAGAAGACCUGAGGGAGAGAGAGGAGAAGACUGGAGAAGACCUGAGGGAGAGAGAGGAGAAGACUGGAGAAGACCAGAGGGAGAGAGAGGAGAAGACUGGAGAAGACCUGAGGGAGAGAGAGGAGAAGACUGGAGAAGACCUGAGGGAGAGAGAGGAGAAGACUGGAGAAGACCUGAGGGAGAGAGAGGAGAAGACUGGAGAAGACCUGAGGGAGAGAGAGGAGAAGACUGGAGAAGACCUGAGGGAGAGAGAGGAGAAGACUGGAGAAGACCUGAGGGAGAGAGAGGAGAAGACUGGAGAAGACCUGAGGGAGAGAGAGGAGAAGAUCUGUGUGAGGAAGGAGAGGCGGAAGGUGGAAGAGGUGGAGGUCCAGGUGUUUGGAGACCCGACAGGUGAGCUGGCAGAAAGGAUUGAAGGACAAAGAAGGAAAGAGGAGGAAAGUGCGGCCCAUGACGGAGGGAUGAAGGCAGCAGUGGAGGAAGGCGGACAACAGAAGCUGCUGGAUCGGAGGGAGGCCGGGGCUGGCUGCAGACCUCCUCUUCCGGAUCCCACCGUCCACCGGAGGUGCAGCCUCCUCGCCAGCGAGGCCUGGUACAAGCAGGACCUGGAGAGGAUGAGGGGUCAGAGUGGGUUCGUCCCCACAGCUCAGGUGUCUCACUCUCGCCGCCUCGGCGCCGUGGUCUUCCAGGUCCAGUGCCAGCGGGACGGCAGGAGGGAGGCGGCCCUGUCCCUCGACUGCGUCCUGCCCGAGACCCCGGAGAGGCGCGCUGCCAGGGAGGCCUCGGAGCUGCUGAGUCAGGUGGUCCAGGACAGGCAGAAGAACUGGACGUCCCUCUUCGCGCUGAUGCCCCAGACGCCCGAGACCGCGUGGGUGCGCGAGCUGACUGCGCUCCAGAGUGAGAACAAGUACCGGGAGCAGGGCCGCAGGGGGCGGAGCCACAGCCUGUACUCGCGGCUGGCCGAGACGCCGCAGACGCAGCAGGCCAGGAGAGCGCAGCAGCUUCUCCGCCAGGUCUCACGCUUGUCUGCACCCUCCUCCUUCCUGUUUUACUCUUCUCACGUCCUGUUCCAGAACAAGCACCAGCAAGUCGCCCUCUACCGCCACCUGGCGGACACUCCGGAGCUGCAGCACGCCCUGGCCGUCUCCCAGCUGCAGAGCCAGACCCGCUACAAGGAGGCGGGGAGGAAGAGCGCCGCCUGCUGCCUGUUCGCCGCUCUGCCGGAGACGCUGGAGACGCUGCACGCCAGAGAGGCCGCCCACCUCUGCAGUCAGGUCAAGUACAAAGAGGAGGCUCGCCAGCAGAUGAGCGUCAGCCUGUUCUCCGUCCUGCCCGAGACCUCCCACACCCGGCCCGGCCGGGAGCAGCGCGGCCCGCGCAGCCAGGUGAGCUACAGAGACGCGCUGAAGCAGAUGCAGACCAGCCUGUUCCACACGCUGCCCGAGACCCCAGAGACACAGUUUGUCAAGCAGCUGACGGAGAUGCAGAGUCAGGUGAAGGCCCCUCAGCAGCCGCUGCUCCAGGCCGCCACGGCACUGUACCACACGCUGCCCGAGACCUGGGACACCAGGCACGCCAGGGAGGCGGGCCAGCUGCUGAGCCAGACCCAGUACAACCAGGAGGCUCUCAAGCUCAUGGCCAGCAGUUUGUUCGCCCAGCUGCCAGAGACCCUGGAGACAGAGUUGGCAGCCAAGAGGGGCCAGCUGCAGAGCCAGACCAGGUACAAGCAGGAGGCGGUGAAGAGCCUGGCUCAGAGUCUGUACCGGCAGCUGGCGGAGACCCGGGAGACGCAGCAGGCCCGAGCCCUGUCUGCGCUCCAGAGCCAGGCCAGGUACGGCCAGCGCAGCCGGAGAGAAGCCUCCAGCUGCCUCUACCAUCUGCUGCCUGACACGCUGGAGACGCGACACGCCAGGGAGGCGACGGUGCUGCACAGCCAGGUCCGCUACCGCAGCCGGGCCCGGAACCAGAUGAGCUCCAGUGUCUUCUCUCUGCUGCCUCGCACGCCCCACACGCAGCUGGCCAAGGCUGUGAUGGAGCUGCUGAGUCAGACCAGCUACAGGAAGGACCGUGAAGACCUGAGCGACCCCUUGUUUUCUAAACUUCCUGAAACUCUGGAGACCCAGUUUGUCCGUGAGAUGUCGGAGCUUCACAGCGAGAGCCAGUACAAGGAGGCCAGCAGGAGGGACAUGGAGAGGAGCCUGUACUCGCUGCUGCCCGAGACCCGGGACACGCGACACGCGCGCCAGCAGACGCAGCUCCGCAGUCAGGUGACCUGCAGCAGCCGCCCUCCCUCCUGCGCCGGCCGGGACAACAGCUCAGGCCGGGUGUGUGUGUGUGUGUUGCAGGAGCAGGAGAGCAGGCGCAGCGCCCCCUGCAGUCUGUACGCUCGGAUGCCCCGGACCAUCGAGACCGUCUUCGCCUCAGCAGUGAGCAAGUCGCAGAGCGACAAGCUCUACAAGGAGAAGUUCCACCGAGAGAAGGGGCGCAGCAGCUACAGCAGCAUGAGCCGGCUCCCGCAGGUGGAGCACGCCCUGCAGGUGGCGCGGCACCAGAGCGACGUCUGCUACAGGAGAGGAGGGAGGCAGCAGCUCCACCGGAACAGCGCCGGCAGCCAGGUGGCUCGCUCCCUCCUGGACAGGUCAGACAUCCUCCACGCCACGCAGGUGUCCAGGCUGGCCAGUCAGGUGGCGUACAGGGGCCCUCUGCAUCGCUCCUCUUACAACCCUCUGGACUCUCUGUCUUUCCAACACACACGAGCUGCUGCUGCACUGGCCAGUCAGGUGAAGUACAAGCAGAACCAGAGAGCAGAGGCCAGCGGAGACGCCCGCCUCCUGCUGAGCCUGCAGCACAGCCUCCGCAGCAGCCGCCUGCACAGCAGCGUGGAGUACAGGAGGCAGCACCAGCAGACCAAGAGCCGCUGCCAGCUACACUUUGGAGAGACUCCGACCUACCAAGUGAUGAAGGACGCCCAGAAGAUGCUGAGCCAGAGUCACUACAGGAAGGACUAUGAGGAGCAGGUGAAGGGCCGGGCCCCGCUGGACCUGGACCUGACGCCUGGGCACCUGGCCGCUCAGCGAGCUGGCGGCCUGCUCAGUGAGGUAGUUCUCGCUCACACACGCACUCACACUCGCACUCACACACUCCCAGAGCUGCGGGUGUGUGUGAGUGCAGAAGGAGUACAGGAAGGACCUGGAGCAGGAGGUCAAAGGUCGAGGACUGUCGGGGCUGGGUCUGGAGGACACCCCAGCGCUGCUGCACGCCUCCUACCUGAAGGACGUCUACAGCCAGAGGAAGUACAAGGAGGAGGCGGAGCAGCUGAGGAGUCGCUACAGUCUGAGCUGCGAGACGCCCGAGAUGGAGCGAGUGCGAGCCAACCAGCGGCACGUCAGCGCAGUCCAGUACAGAGACCGGCCGGGCCUGGGAACCUCGGUGGUGGACACGCCAGAGAUGCAGAGAGUCCGGGCGAACCAGGACAACAUCAGCUCGGCAAGACGCGCCGCCGGCGCCGCCACACACACAUGCGCGCGCUCUCAUGUCUCUGUGCUCAGGUCAAGUAUCAGCGCGGGCUGCAGGCGCUGAGGGGGCGGAGCUGCAGCCAACUGGACACACCUGAGUACCGCAGGGUCAAGAGGUCGCAGGACUGCAUCUCCAUGGUAGCGCCUGACUCGCCCCCUGCUGGCCACAGGCGUGAACAAUAAAAGACUCAAAACCUUCACCACGUCCCGCGUGUUCCUGCGUUUGCUCACUGACUAAUGCACCCGUGUGUGUGUGUGUGUGUGUGUGUGUGGGUGUGUGUGCCCCAGUCACAUGACGUCCUCUUCUUCUUCUCCAGGCCAAGUACCACGAGGACUUUGAGCGCUCGCGUGGGCGUGGCUUCACGCCGGGUCUGGACGACGGCGGGAUGGAAGGCUACCAGCGAGCCAGUCAGAUGAUGACCACGGGCGGGCACCACCGAGCCAACGUGCCGCCGGAGGGGACGGA